AAACCGACCCACACGGCACGCCCUAGUAUAGUUUAUUUAAAAAAAAAACGUUGAAAAAGAAUAGUCACUUCUCUUAUCUCUUAAAAUAUUUGAUGAACGAGUAACAUCCAGAACCCUCGAUGGCAAGGGUUCCAACUAAGCACUCGCUGGCGACCAAUUUCAGGACAUGCAGAGGCUCUUGAAAAACAUAAAGGAUUAAGAAGUAUAACAUACAGGAUUGGGAACUAUCACUGAAGGCUAAAGACAAAAAGAUGAAAUUGCAGGCUCGUGGCAAACAGACUUUGAGAGAAGACUGGAGCCAUACUAGUGAACUUCCUACUAGUCCUCAAGUUAACGGGACACGAGUUGGCAAACCUACCUCGAUUGGAAGUGCUGCUGGUCCAUAUAACUAUUCUGAAAAUUACAAUCCAAUUAGCCAUCUAUCAAGUGAACUGGUAUCAGAAGAGAACAACAUCAAUGCCAAUUCAGAGAAAGAGCUGGGAAAUGAGUUCUUUAAGCUGAAAAAAUUCAAUGAAGCCAUUGAUUGCUAUUCUAGAAGCAUUGCACUUUCACCAACUGCAGUAGCUUAUGCCAAUAGAGCGAUGGCUUAUCUUAAAAUUAAAAGGUUUCAAGAGGCAGAGAAUGACUGCACAGAGGCCUUGAAUUUGGAUGAUCGCUACAUUAAAGCUUAUUCUCGCCGUUCAACUGCUUGGAAAGAACUAGGGAAAUUGAAAGAAUCAAUUGAAGAUGCUGAAUUUGCGUUGAGGUUGGAACCACAGAACCAAGAGAUCAAGAAGCAGUAUGGAGAAGUUAAGGCUCUGUAUGAGAAGGAGAUUCUUAAAAGAGUAUCAGGAGCAACAGGAGUUUUUGCACAAGGGGCUCAAAUAUCUGGAAAGACAAUUAAAUCUGGCCCUGUAAUCGAAUCUGUAUCAAGUAGUUCUCAAAAGCUGGCUGAAGUUCGGACAAUUCCUGCCAAGAAAACUCAGCAAGAACUUGAUGAAUCUGUCCAAGAGCUUGCUGCUCGAGCAGCUGAUCUUGCCAAGACUGAAGCUGCAAAAAAUAUUGCAGCACCAAAUUCAGCCUAUCAGUUUGAGGUUUCUUGGCGGGGACUUUCUGGUGAUCGUAAUCUGCAAACUCAUUUAUUGAAGAUCACUUCACCUGCAAUGUUACCCCGUAUAUUUAAAAAUGCAUUAUCUGCUUCGAUGCUCAUGGACAUUCUAAGAUGUGUUGCCACAUUUUUCAUUGAAGAUAUGAAUUUGGCAAUUAGAUACCUGGAAGAUCUGACAAAGGUCCCAAGGUUCGACAUGAUCAUCAUGUGCCUUUCAUCCACCGAUAAAUCUGAACUUCUGAAGAUGUGGGAAGAGGUCUUCUGUAAGGGAGCCGGGGGGCACACUGCUACACUUGGUGCGCUUUGCUUCAAGUAUGGCCUAAAACAGUGAUGGAGCCUUUUCUGGUGCAAUUAAUGCGGGGAAGCUGACAUUCUUGUAUUAUCAUCAGAUUGUUUAAUUGUACGAAGCGAACAUGUAUAUGGAUAUAGUUUGGUAUUGAAAUGGGAAUAUCCUUGUUGAAAUGUUGUACGGUAUUGUCCUGUAUAAUAAGUGACAAUGAAGCCUAUUUCAUGGUCAA